UUAGUUUUCAUUGCAGUCUCAUUUGAAUGUAGCCUCGCAAAUUUGUUCAGAAUGGGGUUAGUCAACAGUAGGUAACAGUAUGUUAGCUAGCUACCUAGUAAGUUGGCUACUAAUACAACAAACUUGCCUAUAUGCUAUCUACCCAACAUUUAUUGAUAUCAUUCUUAGCUGAGUGGUAUAGUCUUUGUGCGUUCACAAUGAACAUACAUUCGCUCAGGCUAUCUACUCUAAUUUUAGAGCACUCUGGUCUGAGUGUGCCAGAGCGCAGAACAAUUGAUGAAUUUGUGAACGCUCAACACACGUUGAAUGUGGCCGGUGUCAGUAAACGUCGGCAAAAAAGAUUCAUUAAAUUGUUACCAGCAACACAGUUACAGUCACCAACUCUCUGGAUAACAUGAAAACAGCCUAACCACCUCUGCUGUGUGCUGAAUACACACAUCAACUCUGGACACUGAAGAUGAUGAUGGUAGAUAUUUGAGUAUUUUAGCAUCUCGAAAAAACAUGGGUAAGACAAUUGUAUCAGUCUGGUUUGAUUUUGAGCAGGAGUGGCGAAGGCUGUUCUGACCAUACACCCCAACAGCUCCCAGAUAUUCAGUGGAGAGUCUCAUAACCACUUGACAUUGGACACAAUUUUAAGGAUGUUGUUUAGUUGUUGUAAAAACAUCUGCUGUGUGUUUCCUCAGCUCUGCCCAAAGCUACACUGACUGUAGAUCCAAACCCUGUGUUCCCUGGAGAGACAGUUACUCUGAUGUGUUCAGUAGGGUCUGACAGUAUCUGGAACUAUCAGUGGUACAAAGACAGGAAUGAUAAUGUAGUAUCCCAGUCUGAGAGACACACUAUAACAGGAGACACCCUCACCAUCAAUGGAGCAACAGUGAAUGAGGGUCCCUACUGGUGUCAGGGAAAGAGAGAGUCCAGACCCACUUCUUCAUCCAUCAGUGAACCUGUUACUAUCACCGUCAAUGCUCUGCCUGUGGCCUCAGUGAGUGUCUCUCCUCAGGGUCUCCUCUACUCUGGAGAGACAGUCAGUCUGCAGUGUGUCAUACCAGGCUACACAGAUUGGAGGUACUACUGGUACAAAAACAACCGACACCUUCUCAGUCAGACCAGUAAAGCCAUAGAUAUCACCAUCCCCAUCACCCUGACUGGUCAGGCUGGUCAGUACAGAUGUGAGGGACUGAGGACAGAUCGGCCCCAGAGGUCACAACCCAGUGAUGACAUCACCAUCAGUGUCACUGCUCUGCCCAAAGCUACACUGACUGUAAAACCCAACCCUGUGUUCCCUGGAGAGACAGUUACUCUGAUGUGUUCAGUAGGGUCUGACAGUAGAUGGAUCUAUCAGUGGUACAAAGACAGGAAUGAUAAUGUACUAUCCCAGUCUGGUUAUAGUAACAUUGGAGUCUCUCACAUCAGUAGAGCUGCUGUGUCUGACCAGGGUCAGUACUGGUGUGAAGGGAUCAGAGUGUCUAGACCCACAUCUUCACAAACAAGUGAUCCUGUCACUCUCACUGUAAAAGCUCUGCCCACGGCCUCAGUGAAGAUAGUCACUCCACAGGGUCUCCUCUACCCUGGAGAGACAGUCACUCUGCAGUGUGACAUAUCAGACUACACAGACUGGAGGUACUACUGGUACAAAAACAACCAACAUCUUCCUGAAGAGACCAGUAAAGUCAUCGAUAUCAUCAUCCACACCACUCAGACUGGUCUGGUUGGUCAGUACAGAUGUGAGGGGACGAGGACAGAUCAGCCCCAGAGGUCACAACCCAGUGAUGACAUCACCAUCAGUGUCACUGCUCUGCCCAAAGCUACACUGACUGUAGAGCCAAACCCUGUGUUCCCUGGAGAGACAGUUACUCUGACGUGUUCAGUCGGGUCUGACAGUAUCUGGAACUAUCAGUGGUACAACGACAGGAAUGAUAAUGUAGUAUCCCAGUCUGGUUACAGUAACAUUGGAGUCUCUCACAUCAGUAGAGCUGGUGUGUCUGACCAGGGUCAGUACUGGUGUGAAGGGAGCAGAGUGUCUAGACCCACAUCUUCACAACCAAGUGGUUCUGUCACUCUCACUGUAAAAGCUCUGCCCACGGCCUCAGUGAAGAUAGUCACUCCACAGGGUCUCCUCUACCCUGGAGAGACAGUCACUCUGCAGUGUGACAUAUCAGACUACACAGACUGGACGUACCACUGGUUCAGAUACAAAGAAGAGCUUCCCAUUCAGACCAGAAAAACCAUCACCAUCUCUCUCCCUGACCAGGCUGGUCAGUACAAGUGUGUUGGGAGGAAGAAAGGUCGGCCCCAGAAGUCAAAUCUCAGCUCAGCUCUCCCCAUCAUCAUCACUGCUCUUCCCAAAACUACUCUGACUGUGAAGCCAAACACUGUAUACACCGGAGAGACAGUCACUCUGACGUGUUCAGUGAGGUAUGACAGUAUCUGGAACUAUCAGCGGUACAAAGACUGGAAUUAUAAUGUAGUGUCCCAGUCUGUCAGACACACUAUAACAGGAGACACCUUCACCAUCAGAAGAGCUGCUGUGUCUGACCAGGGUCCGUACUGGUGUGAAGGGAACAGAGUGUCUAGACCCACAUCUUCACAACCUAGUAAUGCUAUUACUCUCAAUGUAAAAGAUUAUCAGCCAAAGACCACACUGACUUCAGACAAAGAGAACAUAUUCACAGGAGACAGAGUGACACUGAGCUGUACUGUAGAGUCUUCUGGAUGGAAGUUUUACUGGUACAGACACAGACCAGACUCUACACCAGUAACCACAACCUCUGGAUACUCCUACACACUCAGCUGGGUCAGUGUCUCUGAUGGAGGACAGUACUGGUGCAGAGCUGGGAGAGGAGACCCAGUCUACUACACCCUGUACAGUGACCCAGUCCAGAUAAAUGUUACUGAGAGACCUGUUGCUGUUCUGGUCCUCCAACCCAACUGGACCCAGAUAUUCAUUAGAGAGACUGUUACUAUGAGAUGUGACAUACAGGGAGGAGGAGACUCUGACUGGAACUACAGAUGGUAUAAGAAUAGUCAGUUAGUGAUCCCCUUUAACACAAAGCCUGAGUACAGAAUCAGUCCUGUCUACAAGUCUAACAGUGGUUCAUAUACCUGUGUGGGUGUAAAGGGAAACAAGUUCUCCAAGAUCAGUGAGGCUGUAAAACUGAUUGUGUCUGGUAAGUCUAUCUAAUCAAGUAUAAAAUAAAUUGGGUUCACUAGAAUACUUUCUAAGACUGAAAGGUUGAAACCUGUCCUCUAUCUAAUCACAGAUCAACCACAACCUGUCCUGAGUAUCUCUCA